UAGACAGAUUAGAAGAAAGAAAGAAGAACCAGUUUUCUGCAGUGCCAUUUCUGCAGAGUUGAACUACAGUUCUUUUCAGAUUUCUUAGCUAAUUUGGAUUAACAAUCAUGAGCACACAAACUGUAAGACUGCUGACGGGUACACGUAUGCCUUUGAUUGGACUUGGAACUUGGAAGUCUAGCCCAGGCCAGGUUCGGCAAGCUGUGGAGGUGGCCAUAGAUAAUGGAUAUCGGCUCAUUGACUGUGCCUAUAUGUACCAGAAUGAGGAUGAAGUUGGAGCAGGGAUUAAUUCCAGGAUUCAGAAAGGAGUGGUGAAGAGAGAGGACAUGUUUGUUGUUACCAAGCUAUGGGGAACAUUUCAUGCACCAGAAGAUGUCAAACCAGGUCUGCUGAAAUCUCUGGAUAGCUUGAAACUUGAUUACGUUGAUCUCUACCUCAUGCAUUCACCCAUGGGCUUCAAGAAGACUGAGAGCUUAGCUACACAGCCUGAGUACUCAGAUGUUGAUUAUGUGACCACAUGGAAGGCAAUGGAAAAACUGGUAGAUGAAGGCUUGGUCAAAACAAUUGGAGUAUCUAACUUCAACACUUCACAGCUAGAGAGAUUAAUGUCACUGGCCAACAUUAAGCCCGUAGUCAACCAGGUGGAGUUGCACCCUUACCUUAUGCAACCUAAACUGGUACAGUACUGCAAGUCAAAGGGGAUCAUCCUGAUGGCAUACAGUCCAUUUGGAUCACCAGACAGACCUUUCCAAAGAACUGAUCAGGAUCCAGUGAGUCUUCUAGAAAAUCCAGUAAUAAAUGAGAUUGCGAACAAAUAUGGGAAGACUGCUGCACAGGUUCUGCUUCGUUUACAUGUGCAAAGAAACAUUGUGGUGAUUCCAAAAAGUGCCACUCCAUCACGAAUUGUUCAAAAUGCAGAGGUUUUUGACUUCAACUUGGCAGAAGAGGACAUAAAGAAACUGGAGGGGCUUAACAGAAACUGGAGAGCCGUCAAGUGGGAAGUUGGGCACCCACCUCACAAAUUCUACCCAUUCAAUGAAGACUGAGCUGGAUGUUGCAACAGAACAUACAAGUAAACUGACAACUGGAUCUUCCAGAAGUCGUCUAAAAGAAACCUGAACAAAAUCAGUAAAUUCAUCCCAAACCACGGUGUUCAUAGUGAAGUGUUCUGCUUCAAGAACAAAAUGUUUAUUUUUAAAGAUCGUCAUUGUUUAGCCCAGCAUGUUUUUACCUCUGACUGCAGUUAAUGAGCCAAUAAACAUAAAUUUUGAGCAUAA